AAAAAAGAAAUUUGUUCCGUUGUGCACAAGUUUGUAAAUGCAUCUGCGGCCGAGACACGUGAAAAGCGAUAAGGUUUUCUUUCCUCUUUUAGUGCUGCCAUUUCAUCUUCCUCCUCCAUUCACACACACACACACACACACACACACACACACACACUGAAUCUGUGACUGAAUCAACAACACACAGGUGUGUUUUUGACGAUCGAUUACUGCGAGUUUUGAUGAUUACGUAGAAGAAGAAAAAUUUUCAAUUUCGACAAGGAAAAAUCGAUUACCAUGACCGAGCAGCAACAAACCGACCGUCUCUGCGAUUUCUGCAACGAGUCAAAAGCCCUACUCUACUGCCGAGCUGACUCAGCGAAGCUAUGUUUGAAGUGUGACCUUGAAGUGCACUCCACGAACCAGCUCUUUCGGAAGCACAGCCGCUCCCUUCUCUGCGAUUCCUGCAAUUCGUCGCCGGCUUCUAUUUUCUGCAGCACUGAAUCGGCCGUUCUCUGUCAGAAUUGCGACUGGGAAACACACAACAACGCUAGGUCUGCUCAUGACCGGAGACCUCUUGAGGGUUUCAACGGCUGCCCUUCUUUGACCGAGCUCUUGGGUUAUUUAGGGUUGGAGGAUUUGGGGAAGAAAAGCUUCGAUUUCGGCGGUGAGAACGAUGGCGAUUGGUUGGAUUUGUUGGUUUGGGAGACUCCUUCAAUUGCCAGCCUUGAUGAUUUGAUUGCUUCCAAUGACUGUGCCGAUUCUUCCCCCAGUUUUCAGGCUAUGGGAGUCCCUCCUCUGCCUAAGAACCGGAAUGCGGUUUGUGGUCAACAUAAAGAAGAAAUAUUUUGCCAACUUCGUGCGAUGGCGAAAAAGGAUCCCAACUUCAGUGGUUCUUUGGAAGAUCUUGAACUGCAAGUACCCGGAAAGUGUGAGCCAGACCUUGAAAAUAACACAGAGCCAAUAUCAGUUCCUUCAUAUGAGACAAACGAACUCAAAUGGAGUAGCUUUACCAGUGGGGUUCCAGAUGAUGAAGGCUUUCCUUCUUCCAACUUCAUCGAUAGUUUGUUCGACAUGAACCAUUUGGUACCCGAUAAGGAUUCCGAUUUUGGUGACGGUACAGAUAUUGGAAAUGGUUUCGAAGAAAUUCAUCAUCAUGUGCCUGUGGACUCCAAACCCUUUGAAGUUCCUCCUCCAGCCCGUGAAUUGAACAGCCAUGAGAGAGACUCUGCUAUUUCACGCUACAAAGAAAAAAAGAAAACUAGGAGGUAUGAUAAACACAUUAGAUACGAAUCGAGGAAAGCUCGGGCAGAAAGUAGGACGAGGGUAAAGGGCCGUUUCGCAAAGAUCGAUCGGUAGCGAUCAUCCUCUCUCUGAUGAUGAUUUUGCGGAUUUUCAGUGAUCAAAACUGCUGCUCAAAGUAAGUUACAUGUGUGGAUGAUGUUCUGCAAAUUUCUGUGUAUUUAUUAUGUGUUAUUAUCUCACUCCCAAGACAAUUUUUCUUUCCUUUUUUCUUUUGUCCUCUUUGUUUUUCAAUUGGCAUGUGGUAGUAGCAGACACAUGUUAGUUUAGCCAUUUCCUAUGUUUGUAGCAUAGUAAUGUUUAACAUGUAACUUGUUGAGAGAUGUAUCUUAUGCAGCACACCUUUUUUUUGCUAAAGUUCGUUGAAAA